AUGUCCCGUUCAGUUUCGAUUCCACUGAGAGACAGCGUUGAGGAUGUGGGUAAAGAGUUUACGUUUCUUUCUUGGAUGGAAAAAGAUUUGAAACAAAUUCGUCGUUUCUCAAUAGAAGUUUGGAAUUUAACGCAGAAUUGGGUAACCACAUCGUUACAUUCAUCAACAGUCCUUGAACGUUUGAUCAAUAACAAAUUGCGAAUUAUAUAUUCAAGACAGGAGGUGGAUCAGUUUUCGAGUGCUCAUGAAACAGAGACGUUUAUGCUUGAUAAGGAUGCCAGACAUCGUAUAAUUAAUGAGAUAAUCCGUGAUGCAGAGGAGUUAGGUGACUUAGUCCAGGGGCUUCGUCGAAUCGUCACGAAGCUUAAUACUGCGAAAUCUCGGAUCGAAGCCUGGGUGAAGUUGUGUCCGAAUCCUGGACCUAUUGCUUCCAAUAUUCUGUAUACCCUUGCAGACAUUGUCCCGGCUUUAGUAAGCAUGUAUGAUCGUGAAGUUAAUGCGAGAGAAGCCGGUUUAGCUGAUAUAGCUGAGUACGAGAAUCGUGAUGUUUUCAGUGCCGUCGUUCUUACUUAUAAAUAUGAGCCAUUUGUUGACCAUAAUCUUCUUUCCAGAUUAUUUGCCUUAGAGAUAAUAGAAAUCUCUUUCGAUGCUCUUCCAGAAGGCGAUGAAGUUCUGGAAAUUUUACGGGCAGAAAAAGCAUCGCUUCAUUUCUGGAUUGAUUUAGGACUGGAGUACUAUCGCUGUGGACGUGUGGAUGACUUUGUCCGUCUACUUGAAGUUUCUGGAAGCGAGGCUUCCUUGGAUUAUCCCGAAGUUGAGAAUGACCAGAUGCGUGCACUGGAUAUUCUAGCUGCAUACUAUGUUAGAUUGGGACAUAAAGAACGGAAUUCCAAGGAGAGGAAACGAGACCUUUUUUCUAAGGCCACCUUACUGUACACGACAGCAGAUAGGAUAAAAAUGUAUGAUAUGCCGCAUUUGACUGGUCGUGCGUAUUUUUGUCUUGUCGAAGCUAGAGCAAGUAAAGUGGAUCAAGCUGAUCAGCAGUUCAAUUUUGUCUUGAAACAGGAUGCGUAUGAUAUUCCGGCUAUGAUGGGUAAAGCAAUAAUAUCGUUCAGUAAGCAGGAUUACAAGACUGCAUUGUAUUUCUUGAAAAGGGCUCUACGACAAAAACCCGAUGGUCCCGCAGAUAUACGAGUCGGUAUUGGCUAUUGUCUUGCUAGAUUAGGAUUGACUGAUAAAGCAAGGUCUAUUCUCGACUACAAUACGCACACAGUUGAAGGCGCUCAGAGUGCAGUCGCUUGUCUCGGUCAGGCCUACAGCUUGGAACCAGAAAACCCCGUAGUGCUUGUUCAUCUGGCAAAUCAUUUCUUCUUUAAAGGGGAGAUGGGAAAGGUUGAGCGACUUGCUUGGCACGCAAUGAAUAUGACAGAAAGUGACGAGAUCAAGGGUGAAGCGUGCUACAUUUUAGCUCGCUAUUUCCAUUAUAAUCGUGAUUAUGAAAAGGCGUUUAAAUAUUAUUAUCAAGCCACAACGUUGAAUCAUCCCACCUUUGUUUUACCGCAGUACGGUCUUGGCCAACUCUACAUAAUGCGGGGUGAAUUUAGUCAGGCAAUUACUGCGUUCGAGACUGUGCUGAAGUCUAUGCCGAAUAAUAUGGAUACAAUGAAAGUGCUAGCCGCUCUUUACGCUCAUACCGAUUCGGGGAAUGCAGAACGACAAGAGAAAGCUCGGGAAAUGCUGACGAAGGUUUUAGAGGUCUUCCCUAACGAUGUGGAAGUCCUAAUCGAUUUAGCACAACUACUUGAAGGCGUUGACCCACAGGCUAGUAUUACUUCUGCCAAACAUGGUACAGCUUGUGAGCUGAUUAAACCAAGUGAGGAUGGCCAAAUGGAUGCUCCAGCAGCAAUACUCAACAAUAUCGGUGCAUUGCAUAUGACUAUGGAGAAGUAUGAACGUGCAAAGGAAUAUUUCGAAGCUGCCGAAGCAAAGCUUCAGGAAGAUUUGGAAGGAGAUCUUUGUGACUCAAAAUUGUCUUCUUAUGUCAUUACGAUGAGAUACAAUCUUGCGCGCUGCUUGGAACAUCUUUGUUAUCUUCGUCUUGGGUGUCUAGCUCGUGAUCGAGGACAGAUUUACGAGUCAUCAGUAUGGUUCAAAGAAGCUAUGUCCGUAGAUCAGAAUAAUGCUGAUUCAUGGGUCCUUAUUGGAAAUCUACACAUGUCCAAACACGAAUGGGGUCCUGGACAGAAGAAGUUCGAACAAGUUUUGAACAAAAUGGAUAAAGAGGAUGCGUAUUCUUGGGUAUCAUUGGGAAACGUUUGGAUGGAGAUGUUGUUCAAUCUUGGUCGAAAAAAGACGGAUAUCCAAGGUCAAGAGACGAAGUAUAUGGACCGUGCACUUCAGAUGUUUGGGAAAGCGCUGAAGAUUGAACCAAAGAAUAUUUGGGCGGCAAAUGGAAUUGGAUGUGUGUUGGCUUCCAAGUCAAUGUGGCAAGAUGCCCGUGAUAUAUUUGCACAAGUUCGUGAGGCUACCUCAGAAUUUUACGAUGUUUGGAUGAAUAUCGCUCAUGUUUAUAUCGAACUGGGCCAGUAUGUUCCCGCUUUACAAAUGUAUUCCAACGCUAUAAAGAAGUUCUCUAAAGAACAAGAUCAUCAAGCUUUACUUUAUCUUGCAAGAGCAUAUUAUAAAGCUGGAAGAUUGCCCGAUAGUCUUCACGCACUGGAAAACGCAAUGAUGGAAGCUCCUGAUAAUGUUUUGAUUAAAUUCAACUAUGCUUUUAUUCUUAAACUAACGGCUACUGAAGUGUUACAAGAGGUCAAGUCAACCGCGAUGCAAGUAAGAGGUGCAAUGGCUGAUUUAAAAACCGCAGAAAGAAUGUUCUCUUUCAUUGCUUCGACUCGUGAUGACACAUUGGCUAGCUCUCGUUAUGUUUCACGAACACAUGCUGGUGAAGAGGCCAGAGCAUGUACUGAUUUAUUGAGACAAGCGCAGACAUACCUAGCGCGUGCUCAACAAAGAGAUGAAGAGGAUGAACGACAACGAGCGAAGCAGCAAGCUGAAAGAGAGGCUUUACGGAGGAAACUUGCACAAGAAAUGGAGGAGCGUGAGAAAGAACUUCGAGAAAAGCAAGCGUCAAUGGCAAAUAUGAGAAACGAAUAUUUGGUUGAUGAAAAAAAAGGAGGACGAAGUGCUGGCAGUGGUCGAAGGAGAAGGGCCGAUGUUGGUGACGAAUUUGUCAACGACAGCUCUGACAUGGGCAGUUGGCAUGGAGAGGAAGGUGCCGAUGGUGGUGAGAGACGUCGUAAAGACAAGUUAUCAAAGAAGAUGUCGAGAAAGCGACGUGAGAAGCGGGCAGCUGAAACAGGUAGUGCUUCAGAAGAGGACGAAUCUGCUCAAGAACGUCGUAGAAGAAGGAAGGAAGCUGCAGAGCGUAAAUCAGCGGCAAAGCUUUCACAGAAACAAUCUUCUAAGAUUAAAAGCCGAGCGUUUCUUUCAUCUGACGAGGACUCUUCUGAUGGCGGUCCAGUCCACGCGCCUGAAGAUCCAGGCAACGACAGUCCAAGACCUCCAAGAAUCACCGAUUCAGAAGAUUCUGACGAUAGCAUUCCUCGCCAACGACGGAAAAAGAAUGUUAUGGAUUCUGAUGAUGAACAAUCGGAUAGUGGAUCUGGUGGUGGACCGCUCAUUGGUGCAUCAGAUAGCGAUAGCGCACCGCAAUCACGGAAAUCACAUGACAUUAGUGUUGACAGUGAUUCGGCUCCGGUUAAGAAGAAAAGGCAAAUCCGGAGUAGUGAUGAGAGUGGUUGA